UCUCACAACACACUGAUGGGCUGCUCACAGCGGGAAUAGACGCCUCCUCAAUCAGUAGAUCAUUUAAAGUACAGCUGCUGGUGUAACUGCGUGAAACACCCUCGCUGACUGCAGACAUGGCCGACAAGACGCCGAAGGAGUCCGAUGCUCGCGUUGCGACCAGGAUAGACCCCACUAAAGAGGGUCUUUCGAAAGAGCAGCUGGAUUUUAUCCGACAGGUAGAGCUCGAGCAGUGGAAGAAGAGGACACAGAAGCUGCGGACACGAAACGUCGUGACGGGACUCGCCAUUGGAGCACUAGUCAUGGGCAUCUACGGCUACACAUUUUACUCCGUCUCCCAGGAGCGGAUCAUGGAUGAAAUGGAUGAGGAGGCCAGGCGUGCGAGACUGCAGGGACCGAAGACCGGUGCCAACUGAGGCGCAUGUAUCGCCUGCCUGUCGCUGGACUGUGUGUCUGUUCUGCACUUAACUGAGAAGGGACUUAUGUGGACACUGAUGCCACUGAAUUAUAUUCCACAACUGGCCGCUGUAAUGUUGACACAGCGAUGGACUCUGUUUUGUCUUGAUUGUGAAGAUUAAUCAUGAGGUUCUGCUGCUGACUUAUAACUAGAUGUGUCUUGAUCUUGAUUAAGUUUGCCUGUCAGUGGAAAGGACUGAUCCACUGACCUUACAUGCUACUCAAAAACGCCCACACUGUAGAGCAAUUACAACCCUUAUCUAACAAGUUCCCAGCCCUGAUCAGCUGAUGAGCUCACAGUAAGAGGGUAAUAUCCUUAACCUUAGUCGUCUCAUGAUAUUAAGUCUACAGUGGCCUUUAACAGCAGAGAAAUGGCAGUGACACCACUGAAAUGACACACGGAUCAACCUGUUGAAACAUUUAUGUUGAUAAAGUGAUGAUUUGUAAAAUAAAGAUAUAAUGUAUUUGA